AUGGGGAGCCACCCCACCCCUGGGCUCCAGAGAACCACAUCAGCUGGGUACCGAUUGCCCCCCACCAGGCCGCCAGCCUCGGUCUCCCCAGCUGCCCGGGGUGGCCCUAUGGCCAGCAGGGGUCUUGCUGGUGGCUGCCAGGUCCCCCAGGCUCUGAAGGCGCAGCGGGUGGCUCAGGGAGCUGCCUGCGAUGGCGUGCAGCAGGACCAGCUGUGGCGCGAGUUCCUGGAGGCCGAGCGGCGGGGCCAGCGGCGCUGGGUUCAGAACUGGAGUUUCCUGAAAGACUAUGACCCAAUGGGCAACAAGAAGGAGCCUGAGAAGUUGCCAGACCAUGUGCCUCUCUUUUUGGACACAGUUCCCAGUUCCACGAACCAGGUUGUGGGCAGCAGGCUGGACACGCCCCUGGGACAGACUCUCAUCCGCAUGGACUUCUUCUUCACAGAAGGGGCCCGGAAGAAGAAGCUGGAGGACGAGAUGCAGCCCAUCUAG